AUGUGUAAGUAUAUAUAUUCACAAUUAUCUGUCUUGGCCUCUUCAUUAUCGAUCUACCUACCUCGGUCUGUUCAUCUAUCUAUCUAUCUAUCUAUCUAUCUAUCUAUCUAUCUAUCUAUCUAUGUAUCGAUCAGCCUAGAUGUGUCCAUGAUUGUUUGUCUGUAUGCCUGCCAAAUUAUCUUCUUUUGUACGUUCUUAUCCACCUAUUUUAUCUGUUUUGCUGUCGGUCUGUCUACGAAUGUUCUUAGCGAUUUAUUAAUCUAUUUCUUUGUUUCUAUCUCAGUCCGUUUCUAUCUAUCUGGCCAUUUCUGUAUCUAUCUAUCUAUCUAUCUAUCUAUCUAUGUCCAUUAUCUAUCUAUCUAUCUAUCUAUCUAUCUAUCUAUCUAUCUCAGCUGGUGCAAUCUUGCAGAAAGGCAUCAAUCUAUCUCAGCCUCUUCAUCUAUCUAUCUAUCUAUAUCUAUCUAUCUAUCUAUCUAUCUCAGUCUGUUCAUUAUCUAUCUAUCUGUGGAUCCUACCACAACACUAUCUAUCUAUCUAUCUAUCUAUCUAUCUAUCUAUCUAUCUAUCUAUCUAUCUAUGUCCAUUAUCUGUCUGUCUAUCUAUCUAUCUAUCUAUCUAUCUAUCUAUCUCAGUCUGUUCAUUAUCUAUCUAUCUAUCUAUCUAUCUCAGCUGAUGCAAUCUCUUGCAGAAAGGCAUCUAUCUCAGCCUCUUCAGCUAUCUAUCUAUCUAUCUAUCUAUCUAUCUCAGUCUGUUCAUUAUCUAUCUAUCUAUCUCUGUCCAUUAUCUGUCUGUCUAUCUAUCUAUCUCAGUCUGUUCAUUAUCUCUCUAUCUGUCUGUCUAUCUAUCUAUCUAUCUAUGCUCAAUUCAUAUUUGUUCCAUUUUGCUUAUGUCCGCAUUCAAUUUUCCAUCCUCUCUCCUCUCUCUCUCUCUCUCUCUCUCUGCAGCUGA